AGUUCAAGGGAUAAUAAAAGGGGGAGCUUUCUUCCCUUUGAGUGUACUUUUCUCCUUCUCCAUUCUAUCAACCAAUAUUUAUAUACACGCAGACCUAUAUAUAUAGGUGUAGAGAGAGAGAGAGGGAAAGAAUAGAAAGGAGAAUUUGGGAUUUGAUUAUAUAUUUGGUGAUGCUAGAAUUGAGAAUUUCCAAUACUAUGGAUCUUGGGAAUUUUAGCGGUAUUAGGAGUGUCAGCUUCCACUAUAAUUCUUCUAAUAGUUGCAGUUUCAGUCACUUGCAUUCAUCAUCAUCAGCACCUUUGUCUUUGUCUUCCUCCUCUUUCGGAAGUUCCCAUUCUAUGCCCAAAAUGGCCUCUUUUGACCCCUCCAUUAGACCUCUGUCCCAUUCAAUUCCCAAGCUUUUCUCUUCACCAGUUUCUGAAGAAGAGAAGCUUGAUUCUUGAUUUUUUUUUCUUGAUCAUUCCUCCUCUAUCUUGGUUUUCUUGUUUUUUUUUUUUUUUAAUAAGAUUUCUUGCUGUUUUUUGGGGGUCUGGUAACAACAGCUGUUGCUUCUUGAGCCCAAUAUCAGCAACCGUUUUGUUGGUUUCUUGUAAAGCUGGGAGUCUUGUUACUCAAAUUUCAAGAAAACCUUGGUCUUGUUUUAACAACCCUUUUGUGGUAUUGCUUGGAGGGUUUCAAGAAAGAUUCCUUUUCCUUUUUUUUUUCUUUUUGUGUGUGUGUGUGUGUUCUUUCUUUCUAAAUAGAAGAAUUCAAGAGAAUGCUGCGUGUUUCAUUGCCUGGUUUGAGUAAUCGGCAGAUGACAAUGAUGAUGACUGGUGGGCUUGGAGCGCCUAUGCCCGUGGCUGUACCUUCUUUGGGAAAUUGUGGCAGGUUUGGUUUUGAUGGUCGUGGUGGAUGUUGGAGUGAUUGUGGAAAAGGGAAGAGGAACUAUAUGACAGUUAACACAACUCAAAAUGCUGCAGUCAAGAAGAUGAGGUUGGGCAUUUCACCUCUGGCUUCUUCUGCUCUAGCAGAACCCCAUAAUUCUUCCAGAGCCAAUUUCUAUAAGGAGGUCCUCAAAGCUGCUAGAGAUAAAUUUACUCGGGAGAUAUCUUUCCAGUCCAAGGACAAAGAUAUCUCACUUGCAAAGGUUUUGCUUUAUGUGGCAGCCGAGGAUGAGGCAUUUUUGGCAUUCAACCGUGAGAUUGAUGCUUCUACGCUGCAUAAUGAAAGAAGAGAUACAGCAUCACCUUGUGAUGCCCAAGUGUGGGACAAUGUGGAGGCUAUGCCAAUGGCUGGAAAAAAUAUAUAUGAGUGGUUGUUGGAGCUCGAUACCAUAGCAAAGGAAGUUGAAGCUGAGCUGGUUUCAAGAGAUAUAGGAUGUCAUUUGGCCGAAGUUCUGGAGGCAGUAAACAAAGUCCUUUUCGAGUCUAGGGGUUUCAAGAGGUCACCUGUACUAGUGGAUUCAAAAUGCUUCUACUUGCACUCCGUGCUAGGCUCUGGGUGUGCCAGCGCAAUUUUGCUUAGCGUGAUUUAUAUUGAGGUUUGCCGAAGGCUUAAUCUGACCAUUGUGGGAUCUCGAGUUGGGGAAGAAUUUUUGAUAUGGCCCCCAACGGGGAAUCCUGAGGAGUUGUUUAAAGUAACUUCUGGACACAGCUUGUUUGGGGUUGUCAACGGGAAGUGUGUGGAUGAUCCGCGAUCCAAGGCCUCGGACAUAACUAGCAACUCACUUUUAGGGCUCGAUAUUGCAACAAACCGAGAUAUCAUUGGGAUUGCAUUGGCGAAUUUGAUUAGGCUUUACUGGAAACGUGCUUCGAGAACAAACUAUGGCUUGAUGCUGACUUCCCCACUGAGGUCUGUUCAUAAAUCUGAGGAGAAGUUCAACAAGGACAGCGGCUCAAAGAUGCCUUUAUUGCGGCCUCAGGAGCUGAGGCUUGCGAUCAUGGCUUCAGAAAGGUUAAUAAUCCUUCAGCCGCAUAACUGGGCUUUGAGAAGAGACUACGGCAUGAUGUUGUACUAUAACAGAGAAUACGAGGCAGCGGUCCAAGAACUGAGCAUCUGCAUGGCUUUUGCACCAGAAGAGGAGGCAGAAGUUUUAGAACCUUUCGUGGAGAAGUUGCAUCUGAUGCGGCUUGAAACGUCGUGGAAGUCGUUGGGACAGAAAGGUGGUCGGCUAACAGUUCCAUAACUUGUACAAAGAUGAUGAUGUCUCUGUGUAAUGACUGACUCCCUUCUCCAUCAAACUUUCAGCUGUAACUUUCUUGUCUGUAAAUAUUGUUCUUCAUUCACAUGGUUCUUUACACACACACACACACAGCAUGACGGCAAUGCCCUUCUCUUUUCUUGGUUAAUAGACAAGAAUGCCCUUGGAGAGAGAGAGACGUACUUUUUAUAAUUCAAUGGUCAGGAUGAAUACAUACUUGUUAUGAUUUAA